CGACAUUUGAUCUGUCAACGUGCAACAGCAGCAACUUGAAUUUCUUAGCCAUCUUUUUGCCGCGAAUCGUUUAUGUAUUUGAGUUUCAACGGUCAUUGAAAAGAAGUGCGUUUCUGAUAAGGAUUCAGUCCUAAUUGAUCCUGAACCGGUUGAACCUUGUUCUCAGUGAAUUUUCACGGUUGAAAUUUCCCAGCGGUACUUGGAACUUGCUCAACGGCAGUCAGACGUGUCCCAUAUUCCUGCCACACCUCCAGCAUCACAAUGAACUCCCUUCACGCCCACAUCUUGCUGCUGGCCGUGUGCUGUGCCGGCUACAUCGCCUGCUCCCCGGUCAUUGGCCAAGAUCAACGCAGUCCGGCUUCCGGCGACGCCGACGCCGAGGUCAUGAUGGCCGCCGAUGAUAUGCCCGACAACAAUGGCGACAACAUAGACAAGCGGAUGGAGCGGUAUGCUUUUGGGCUGGGCAGACGGGCCUAUAUGUACACGAACGGGGGAGCGGGCAUGAAGCGGCUGCCGGUUUACAACUUCGGAUUGGGCAAGCGCUCGCGUCCGUACUCCUUUGGCCUGGGCAAGAGGAGCGACUACGACUACGAGCAGGAAAACGAAGUGGACUACCGGGUGCCGCCGGCGAACUACUUUGCCGCCGAGCGUGGAGUGCGACCUGGCCGGCAGAACAAGCGAACGACGCGUCCGCAACCCUUCAACUUUGGUCUAGGCCGACGUUAAGUUACCCAGGGCUAGGGGCUUGAGUGGCGCACCUACCCGAAUCCAGCCGUGCGACACUCGGCAACGAGCCCAGCCAUAUAUAAUAAUCAAAAAGUACUGCAAAAAGCUCUCAGACACUUGCAAAUCUCCGCCAAAGUAGGAUCACCUUCAGAAAAUCUAAAUGUUUUUAAUCCAACCGAAUUCUUCGCACGCUCUUCGCCCCCGAAAAUAGUUGUAAUAAAUCGCUAAAGCCAAAUGUAUUUAUAUUUAGUUUAUAAUAUUUCGAUUGAGGCGUACGACGGCAGCAAUUAUUAGUUUAAACUGCAAUAUAAAAUUGCAAAAAAAUGGAUAAAAAAAGUAUUAUGAAUAAAUGACAGAUUGUGAAUGAAAACGGCGUGUGCAAUUAUCAAGGAAGAAGUACAUGAAAUGCUAUACGAAUUAUUAUACCUAUAUAUGCAUAUUUAAUCCAGUUUACAGUAACACAUAUAUGUAUGUACAUUUUAAAGGGGCAUUACUUACUAAAGACACACGGAUAUAUACGAUUCAUACUUGGGGCACUCUCUCGCAGGAAAGGAGCGACACGAGAGGCGUUCGUUGCAGCCGCAAUCGGAGGAUCACGAAUAUUGGGUAACUUGCAUACUAAUAUCGGUGUUACUAAGUGUUUAAACAAAGUGAUUAAUACUUUAAAUAUCUAUGAUUACGAAAAUGUAAUUGUUUUGUGAAUAUAUGCCUAAAUACCCGAAUAAAUAUAGGCGCAGCCAAACUGUGCAAGCAAAACA